UUAUUUUUUAAUCCAGUGGCCGCGUGUUCAAGCUUGUGAUCUACGUACGCCCGUACAGUAGCAUUUGCUCUCAAGUGGCCGGCCGUACGGUGUUCCAACACGCAGAAACACUGCUUCAACCUGGCCAAGAGGUACAUGGGCGUUGCGUCGAUCCUGUACGUGAGCCAGCAGCGCUUCACCGACUCGGUGCGAGAAGACGUGGACAGCAUGGCGCGCGACGUGCGUCGGACGUACUUCGGCACGCUCCAGCAGGCGACGUAUGACUGGAACGACCUCAAGGUGGUGGUCGAGUUCCUCGACAGGGCGCUCUCCGGCGACAUCCAGCAGGUUCUCAGCAGCAUGGGUGACAUCGGCACCAACAUCGUGGAGAACAUGCGUUCCAUGGCCGUGUCGACGCUCCGCACCGAAGAGUCGAAGCGGCGAGAGUUGAUGGCCGAGCAGCUGGCCCGAACGCACGAGGAGCCGUUUGCGCAGCGCCCCGAGUACCCCGACGUGUCGGUGCUGCCGUCGGCGCUGAUGUUUCCUUAUUACGAAGCGAACGUGCCUACGAGUAUCAAGUACGGCACCUUCGUCACCUCGCUGGCUAGGGCCACGGCCGUGCCCUACCUGACAAUGGGCGCCCACGGCGGGCGGCCGCGCGCCUUCUCCAACUUCGAGAACUGCGCUCGCCAAGGCACCGGCACCUCCACGAGGCUCGAAGACCUCAUACGUGCCAGCGCCAUCGAGGCCAGCUCCAUCAUCUACGCGGCUCAUCGCAACGACCCCCAGUCGGAGGAGGCCGACCUGCUGCCCGGACUGGAGCAGCUCUCCCCGCCCAAGGCCUUCUACGUCGCCUUCUGCUACCUGCUGUGCACGGCCAACUUGGGCGACGUGCCCUGCAACGCCGCCCUCCAGUGGCACGAACCGUUCGCGAACGCCUUUGGCUGCCCGUCCGAAACCCAUGCGAGGCCCCGGCGUCAGUGCCGCAUGUUUCAAACGUAGCACGUGGCCUCCGUGAUGGACGCAUCUGGUGUGGCGACUAAGCGUCUAGGACACUGGGGUGUCUAUAUUGUGGACUCAUUGUUUAGCUCUUAUUUAUCGGUUGCCCAUUGUGUUCUUCGACACUUUUCAGUUCGUUUGCUUUGUAAUUCUUGUGUUUUUUACGCGCCCUAUAGGUAUAUACAUUCUGUGUCCAAACGUUGUUAGGCUCACUUACGUUGAGUCUCAUCUCGCUUUUUAUUUCUUCAAUUUGCGACUAUUCUCAGGUGCUUACAUAGCAUAAUUAAUUGUUAAUAUAUAUGGACAAUCAUUUCAACGUCUGGAAUGCUAUUGUUAGGAGCCCUUUUUGUCCCAUAACGUUAGCUGUUCCUUGAAUUUAACUUGCAAUCCUGGACAACAUUUUGUACCGAGGAUCGCUCCAGUGAACGUGCUUUGUGCCCGUAUAACGCAAGUUUCUCAAGUAGCUGUUCUCAUCGCUGCGCCGGAACGCGUUAUCGCGAGGUUUUAGUUUCGACGACCAGCAGAUGAAGAUGUGCUAACCCUACCUAGUGGUCAUAAAGGCAGUUCGGGCGAAAUUAGUUAAUACAGUACUGCUUUCUAUUUGGAAUGGUAAGCACUCAACUGUUCCUGUGCUGCUUUCUUUCCUCCUCUUUCUUUUCCUUCUUCUAUUUCGCCUCUCUCUGGAUCUCUUAAUGCCUUUGCCUAUAUGAAUUAAUAAAUGACAUCAUUAUU